AUGUCCCUCGGGGGGACCACAGGCGACAACACGCGCCUGCUUCGGAAGGCUCCAGAGGAGGAGGAGGAGGAGGAGGAGGAGGAGGAGGAGGAGGAGGAGGAGGAGGAGGAGGAGGAGGAGGAGGAGGAGGAGGAGGAGGAGGAGGAGGAGGAGGAGGAGGAGGCGAUGCAGGCGGAGGGCGUGCGGGAGGUGGCCGUGGCAACUGGCCUGGAGCCAAGGGAGACGGCUAGGCAUGCCUGGCGAGUGCCAGACCUGGGCGUAGAGCCUGUUGCUAGUGCUGCAGAGGAGGCGGUUACUGAGGGGGGUUAG